UUUUUAUUGAUCAUACAUUUUCCCAUUUAGAAAAUGUAUUGCAUGACCUUCCUGAUUAUUUUUGAAAUAUGCUGAUUAACAUUUACUGUUACCCGAGUAGUCCAUCAUUGAUAAAAAACUUGAAGGGAGCUGAUUGGCCAAUGUUUCAACACUUACUAUCACUACCCAGCUUCAACUAUGGCUUGACCACUGUUCGCAAAAGUUUUGCGAGUUAUCAAGCUAUUAUAUAUUUAAAAAGACAAAACCUAUGGCAAACAACAUAAAAAUAUGUGAUGAUGGAGGACGCAGUGAAUGAAACAUCAAGGCUAAGUGAAACUGAAGAAAAACAUGACUUGAGGAGUAGAUCAAAAUUAUUCAGACUACUGGAGAUUUUCAGUGUUGAGCCGGUUAUUCUUUUUUAUAUAAUAUUCGCGAAGACCGCUUCUUUGACUACGGACAAUUUGAAUUUGGAAAAAACCUGUUCGGUCAACUUGAAAUUCAACGCAUCUGUUUGCCAAGCCAUGGUGGUAAGGAACAGAUCAGGAUACUCAGCAGAUCAGGAAAUUGAAGUGCAAAAGUUUGUUGCUAUGAUGGUAGCUAUCAAGUUUGCCAUUUUGGGAAUCAUCCCUUUUUUCCUCAUGCUUUUCUUAGGCUCGUGGAGUGACAAAUACAAACGGAGAAAACCCUUGAUCCUCUUGCCAAUUUGUGGGGAUAUUGUCAGUGUUUUUGGUUGUCUACUAUGUUCGUAUUUCUUCUUCGAGCUACCAGUCGAAGUUGCGAUAUUUUUCGAGACAAUACCCGCCUCAGUGACAGGAUCUUGGGUAUGUUUUUCGGUAGGGGUGUUUUGCUAUGUCGCUGAGCAUAGUACGUUGGAUAGAAGAACUCCAAGAAUAGGAAUUACAACGAUGUGCUUCAGGGUUUCUCAUGCCGUUGGAUUGGCUCUUAGUGGUGUUCUAUAUAGAACACUUGGUUUCAAGGGUGUCUACAGCUUGUGCAUUUUGAUGAACACCAUUGCUCUUAUGUAUGGAAAAUUCAUGAUCAAUAACAGAUCGAAGUAUGAGGAACCACGGGCUAAUACAAACAUAAUGAAAGAUAUUUUCAAUUAUAAGUAUGCAUUGAGUACAUUAUCGGUUAUAUUCAGGCAAAAAGACAAGAAGAAAAAGCUAGGUCUAAUUUUGCUACUUCUUAUCAAUACAAUCGAAAUAGGCAUACUCAGAGGUGAAUUGGGUGUAACGUAUUUAUUUACCAGAAGAAAAUUCACAUGGGAUGAAGUGGACUACAGUGUAUAUAGUACUUACCAUAUUUUGAUACAGUUCACUGGAUCCUUCCUUAGUAUCACAAUUCUUGCAAAAUGGUUGAAAUUAGAUGACGCUUUGAUUGGAAUGAUUUCUGUUGGCAUGGCUGCCGUUCUAUGUUUUGGGCAAAGUCUCGUACCAAAUGGCUUUUUUUUCUAUACGAUGAGUUCACUGGAUAUUUUCUCCGGUUGUCCCCAAAUGGCUUAUAGGUCUAUGUUUUCGAAAAUGGUAUCUUCGAAAGAACUUGGACAGGCAUUCGCUGUUUCUGCCUUAUUCGAAGCUUUAGCACCUCUACUCUUCGGUACCAUGUAUAGUUUCGUUUAUCGACAAACUAUUCGUGUUUAUCCUGGUUCGUUCUACAUUUUGAGCUCCUGUCUUCAUAUAGUGUCCUUCUGUAUAUUUUUUUCACUGUAUAUUUCGAAACACAACAAGCCGAAAGAAGAUUCCAAUAUUGACCAAGGCAGAGGUCAUGUUAUGCAGAAAUAAACGAAGAACAAUCACUGUCGAAUUUCACAAGUACUAUUAAAGGUUUGGCUUCAUCUCCAAAAAUAGUUUAUACAACUAUUUACAAGCAUUUUUAAAAUAAACCUCUAGAAGGUUU